AUGGCCCACAACGCGGGCGCCGCGGCCCCGGCCGCCGCCGCCGCCAGCGCGGGCAGCGCCAAGAGCGGCGGCUCCGAGGCGGCUGGAAGCGCCGCCGCGCUGUCCUCCUCCUCUUCCUCCUCGUCGGGCCCGCGCUCGGCCAUGGAGACGGGGCUGCUCCCCAACCACAAACUGAAAGCCGUUGGCGAGGCCCCCGCCGCACCGCCCCACCACCUCCACCACCAUGCCCACCACCACGACCACCAUGCCCACCUCCACCACCGCCACCGCCACCACCACCACCACCACCACCACCACGCACUACAGCAGCAGCUAAACCAGUUCCAGCAGCAGCAGCAGCAGCAGCAGCAGCAGCAGCAGCAGCAACAACAUCCCAUUUCCAACAACGGCCUGGGCGGCGCGGGCGGCGGCGCGCCUCAGCCGGGCCCCGACAUGGAGCAGCCGCAACAUGGAGGCGCCAAGGACAGUGCCGCGGGCAGCCAGGCCGACCCCCCGGGCCAGCCGCUGCUGAGCCGGCCGGGCGACGAGGACGACGCGCCGCCCAAGAUGGGGGAGCCGGCGGGCGGCCGCUACGAGCACCCGGGCCUGGGCGCCCUGGGCGCGCAGCCGUCGCCGGCCGCCGUGCCCGGGGGCGGCGGCCAGGCGGCCGUCUCGGAGUUUAAUAAUUACUAUGGCAGCGCUGCCCCUGCCAGCGGCGGCCCCGGCGGCCGCGCUGGGCCCUGCUUUGAUCAACAUGGCGGACAACAAAGCCCCGGGAUGGGGAUGAUGCAUUCCGCCUCAGCCGCCGCCGUGGCCCCCGGCAGCAUGGACCCCCUGCAGAACUCCCACGAAGGGUACCCCAACAGCCAGUACAACCAUUAUCCGGGCUACAGCCGGCCCGGCGCGGGCGGCGGCGGCGGCGGCGGCGGCGGAGGCGGAGGAGGAGGAGGAGGCAGCGGAGGAGGAGGAGGAGGAGGAGGAGGAGCAGGAGCAGGAGCAGGAGCAGGAGCGGGAGCUGUGGCGGCGGCGGCCGCGGCGGCGGCGGCAGCAGCAGCAGCAGCAGCAGGAGGCGGCGGCGGCGGCGGCGGCGGCUAUGGGGGCUCGUCCUCGGGGUACGGGGUGCUGAGCUCCCCCCGGCAGCAGGGCGGCGGCAUGAUGAUGGGCCCCGGGGGCGGCGGGGCCGCGAGCCUCAGCAAGGCGGCCGCCGGCGCGGCGGCGGCGGGGGGCUUCCAGCGCUUCGCCGGGCAGAACCAGCACCCGUCGGGGGCCACCCCGACCCUCAACCAGCUGCUCACCUCGCCCAGCCCCAUGAUGCGGAGCUACGGCGGCAGCUACCCCGACUACAGCAGCCCCAGCGCGCCGCCGCCGCCGCCGUCGCAGCCCCAGUCCCAGGCGGCGGCGGCGGCGGCGGCGGGGGCGGCGGCGGGCGGCCAGCAGGCGGCCGCGGGCAUGGGCUUGGGCAAGGACAUGGGCGCCCAGUAUGCCGCUGCCAGCCCGGCCUGGGCGGCCGCGCAACAAAGGAGUCACCCGGCGAUGAGCCCCGGCACCCCCGGACCGACCAUGGGCAGAUCCCAGGGCAGCCCAAUGGAUCCGAUGGUGAUGAAGAGACCUCAGUUGUAUGGGAUGGGCAGUAACCCCCAUUCCCAGCCGCAGCAGAGCAGUCCCUACCCAGGAGGCUCCUACGGCCCCCCAGGCCCGCAGCGGUAUCCGAUCGGCAUCCAGGGUCGGACCCCUGGGACGAUGGGUGGGAUGCAGUACCCGCAGCAACAGCUGCCACCUCAGUAUGGACAGCAAGGUGUGAGCGGUUACUGCCAGCAGGGCCAGCAGCCUUACUACAACCAGCAGCCGCAGCCCCCGCACCUCCCGCCGCAGGCGCAGUAUCUGCCGGCCCAGUCCCAGCAGAGGUACCAGCCGCAGCAGGACAUGUCUCAGGAAGGCUAUGGAACCAGGUCUCAACCUGCUCUGGCCCCUGGAAAACCUAACCAUGAAGACUUGAAUCUAAUACAACAAGAAAGACCAUCAAGCUUACCAGACCUGUCCGGCUCCAUCGAUGAUCUCCCCACGGGAACGGAAGCAACCCUGAGCUCAGCGGUCAGUGCCUCGGGGUCCACGAGCAGCCAAGGGGACCAGAGCAACCCGGCCCAGUCACCUUUCUCUCCGCACGCGUCCCCCCACCUCUCCAGCAUCCCCGGGGGCCCAUCGCCUUCACCUGUGGGCUCUCCUGUCGGGAGUAACCAGUCGCGAUCUGGCCCAAUUUCCCCUGCAAGUAUUCCAGGCAGUCAGAUGCCUCCUCAGCCAGCUGGGAGCCAAUCAGAAUCCAGUUCCCAUCCUGCCUUGAGCCAGUCUCCAAUGCCACAGGAAAGAGGUUUUAUGGCAGGCACACAAAGAAACCCUCAGAUGUCUCAGUAUGGACCUCAGCAGACAGGACCAUCUAUGUCGCCUCAUCCGUCUCCUGGGGGCCAGAUGCAUCCUGGAAUCAGUAGCUUUCAGCAGAGUAACUCCAGUGGGGCUUACGGUCCACAGAUGAGUCAGUAUGGACCACAAGGUAACUACUCCAGACCCCCAACGUAUAGUGGGGUGCCCGGUGCAAGCUACAGCGGCCCAGGGCCCGGUAUGGGUAUCAAUGCCAACAACCAGAUGCAUGGACAAGGGCCAAGCCAGCCAUGUGGUGCUGUGCCCCUGGGACGAAUGCCAUCGGCUGGGAUGCAGAACAGACCAUUUCCUGGAAAUAUGAGCAGCAUGACCCCCAGUUCUCCUGGCAUGUCUCAGCAGGGAGGGCCAGGAAUGGGGCCGCCAAUGCCCACUGUGAACCGUAAGGCACAGGAGGCGGCCGCAGCAGUGAUGCAGGCUGCCGCAAACUCAGCACAAAGCAGGCAAGGCAGUUUUCCUGGCGUGAACCAGAGUGGACUCAUGGCUUCCAGCUCUCCCUACAGCCAGCCCAUGAACAACAGCUCUGGCCUGAUGAACGCACAGGCACCACCGUACAGCGUGACGCCCUCCAUGGUGAACAGCUCCACAGAUAUGAUGUCUCCUGGUGAAUCCAAACUGCCCAUGGCUCUCAAAGCAGAUGGCAAAGAAGAAGGCCCCGUGCAGCCGGAGAGCAAGGCAAAGGAUAGCUACAGCUCUCAGGGUAUUUCUCAGCCCCCAACCCCAGGCAACCUGCCAGUCCCUUCCCCAAUGUCCCCCAGCUCUGCUAGCAUCUCCUCAUUUCAUGGAGAUGAGAGCGAUAGCAUUAGCAGCCCAGGCUGGCCAAAGACUCCAUCAAGCCCUAAGUCCAGCUCAUCCACAACCACCGGGGAGAAGAUCACCAAGGUGUAUGAGCUAGGGAACGAGCCCGAGAGGAAGCUGUGGGUGGACCGGUACCUCACCUUCAUGGAGGAGAGGGGGUCCCCUGUCUCAAGUCUGCCUGCGGUGGGCAAGAAGCCCCUGGACUUGUUCCGACUCUACGUCUGCGUCAAAGAGAUCGGGGGCUUGGCACAGGUUAAUAAAAACAAGAAGUGGCGUGAGCUGGCAACCAACCUAAAUGUUGGCACUUCAAGCAGCGCGGCGAGCUCCCUGAAAAAGCAGUAUAUUCAGUACCUGUUUGCCUUCGAGUGCAAGAUCGAGCGAGGGGAGGAGCCCCCGCCGGAAGUCUUCAGCACCGGGGACACCAAGAAGCAGCCCAAACUCCAGCCGCCAUCUCCUGCUAACUCAGGAUCCUUGCAAGGCCCGCAGACCCCCCAGUCAACCGGCAGCAAUUCCAUGGCGGAGGUGCCAGGCGACCUGAAGCCCCCGACCCCAGCCUCCACCCCUCACGGACAGAUGACCCCGAUGCAAGGUGGAAGAAGCAGCACAAUCAGUGUGCACGACCCGUUCUCAGAUGUGGGUGACUCGGCCUUCCCCAAACGGAACUCCGUGACGCCAAACGCGCCGUACCAGCAGGGCGUGAGCAUGCCAGACAUGAUGGGCAGGAUGCCCUAUGAGCCCAACAAGGACCCCUUUGGUGGAAUGAGAAAAGUGCCUGGGAGCGGCGAGCCGUUCAUGACGCAAGGCCAGAUGCCCAACAGCAGCAUGCAGGACCUGUAUAACCAGAGCCCCUCUGGAGCCAUGGCCAACCUGGGCAUGGGGCAGCGGCAGCAGUUCCCCUACGGAGCCACCUACGAUCGAAGGCAUGAACCCUACGGGCAGCAGUAUCCAGGGCAAGGUCCUCCCUCAGGCCAGCCGCCGUAUGCAGGGCACCAGCCCGGCCUCUACCCACAGCAGCCGAACUACAAGCGCCACAUGGACGGCAUGUACGGGCCGCCAGCCAAGCGCCACGAGAGCGACAUGUACAACAUGCAGUACGGCGCCCAGCAGCAGGACAUGUACAACCAGUACGGGAGCUCCUACUCGGGCCCGGACAGGAGGCCCAUCCAGGGCCAGUACCCCUACCCCUACAACAGAGAGCGGAUGCAGGGCCCCGGGCAGCUGCAGGCGCACGGCAUCCCCCCGCAGAUGAUGGGGGGCCCCAUGCAGCCGGCCUCCGGCGAGGGGCCGCAGCAGAACAUGUGGGCGGCGCGCAACGAUAUGCCUUAUCCCUACCAGAACAGGCAGGGCCCCGGCGGCCCCGCCCAGGCCCCCCCGUACCCGGCCAUGGGCCGCACGGAUGACAUGAUGGUACCCGAUCAAAGGAUCAACCACGAGAGCCAGUGGCCUUCUCACGUCAGCCAACGUCAGCCUUACAUGGCGUCUGCAGCCUCCAUGCAACCCAUCACGCGCCCGCCUCAGUCCUCCUACCAGACGCCACCGUCACUGCCAAACCACAUCUCCAGGGCGCCCAGCCCGGCCUCCUUCCAGCGCUCCCUGGAGAGCCGCAUGUCUCCCAGCAAGUCUCCCUUCCUGCCGUCUAUGAAGAUGCAGAAGGUCAUGCCCACCGUCCCCACAUCCCAGGUGGCCGGGCCGCCCCCCCAGCCCCCUCCCAUCAGGAGGGAGAUCACCUUCCCCCCGGGCUCAGUGGAGGCAUCGCAGCCAGUCCUGAAGCAAAGGCGCAAGAUUACCUCAAAAGAUAUCGCUACUCCCGAGGCGUGGCGUGUGAUGAUGUCCCUUAAGUCAGGUCUUCUGGCAGAAAGCACCUGGGCUUUGGACACCAUCAACAUCCUUCUCUACGACGACAGCACCGUUGCUACUUUCAACCUCUCCCAGUUGUCGGGAUUUCUCGAACUCUUAGUCGAGUACUUUAGAAAAUGCCUGAUUGACAUUUUUGGAAUCCUCAUGGAAUACGAAGUGGGAGACCCCAGCCAGAAAGCACUUGAUCACCACGCGGCGAGGAAGGAGGACGGCCAGGCGGUGGCGGAUGACUCUGGGCGAGAGGAGGCCGAGGCCGAUGGCCUGGACGAGGACGAAGACGAGGACGAGGAAGAGGAGGACGGCGAGAAGACUGAGCCGGAGGCCAAGGGCAGCCCGGCCCUGAGCGCCCCGGACGCCACCGCAGACCCCAAGGAGAAGCCCAAGCAAGCCAGCAAGUUCGACAAGCUGCCCAUCAAGGUCGUCAAGAAGAACAAGCUGUUUGUGGUGGACCGGUCCGACCGGCUGGGGCGCGUGCAGGAGUUCAACAGCGGGCUCCUGCACUGGCAGCUGGGCGGCGGCGACACCACCGAGCACAUCCAGACUCACUUCGAGAGCAAGAUGGAGAUUCCACCCCGCAGGCGCCCGCCGCCCCCUCUGAGCUCCACCGGGAGGAAGAAAGAGCCGGAAGGCAGAGGUGACUGUGACGAGCAGCCGGAGAAGAGCAUCAUCGCCACCAUCGAUGACGUCCUGUCCGCUCGGCCGGGGGCGCUCCCCGAAGACACCAACCCCGGGCCCCAGACGGAGAGCGCCAAGUUCCCCUUCGGCAUCCAGCAGGCCAAAAGCCACCGGAACAUCAGGCUGCUGGAGGACGAGCCCCGGAGCCGGGACGAGACGCCGCUGUGCACCAUCGCGCACUGGCAGGACUCGCUGGCCAAGCGCUGCAUCUGCGUGUCCAACAUUGUCCGGAGCCUGUCCUUCGUGCCUGGCAACGACGCCGAGAUGUCCAAACAUCCGGGCCUGGUGCUGAUCCUGGGAAAGCUGAUCUUGCUCCAUCACGAGCACCCCGAGCGGAAGCGAGCGCCGCAGACCUACGAGAAGGAGGAGGACGAGGACAAGGGGGUGGCCUGCAGCAAGGACGAGUGGUGGUGGGACUGUCUCGAGGUCCUGCGGGACAACACGCUGGUCACGUUGGCCAACAUUUCCGGGCAGCUGGACUUGUCUGCGUACACGGAGAGCAUCUGCCUGCCCAUCCUGGAUGGCUUGCUGCACUGGAUGGUGUGCCCGUCCGCCGAGGCACAAGACCCCUUCCCGACGGUGGGACCCAACUCGGUCCUGUCGCCGCAGAGACUCGUGCUGGAGACCCUCUGCAAACUGAGCAUCCAGGACAAUAACGUGGACCUCAUCUUGGCCACGCCGCCGUUUAGUCGUCAGGAGAAAUUCUAUGCUACGUUAGUUAGGUACGUGGGGGAUCGCAAAAACCCAGUCUGUCGAGAGAUGUCCAUGGCGCUUUUGUCGAACCUUGCCCAAGGGGACGCACUAGCAGCAAGGGCCAUAGCUGUGCAGAAGGGAAGCAUUGGAAACUUGAUAAGCUUCCUGGAGGACGGGGUCACGAUGGCCCAGUACCAGCAGAGCCAGCACAACCUCCUGCACAUGCAGCCCCCGCCCCUGGAACCGCCUAGCGUAGACAUGAUGUGCAGGGCGGCCAAGGCCUUGCUGGCCAUGGCCAGAGUGGACGAAAACCGCUCCGAGUUCCUUUUGCACGAGGGCCGGUUGCUGGAUAUCUCGAUAUCGGCUGUCCUGAACUCUCUGGUCGCGUCUGUCAUCUGUGAUGUACUGUUUCAGAUCGGGCAGUUAUGACACAAGUGACAAGGCAAGCAUGUGUGAGUGAAGACUCGAGGGUCGCAUAACUGGCUGUUUUCUGUUCUUGUUUAUCCAGCGUAGGAAGAAGGAAAAGAAAAUCUUUGCUCCUCUGCCCCAUUCACUAUUUACCAAUUGGGAAUUAAAGAAAUAAUUAAUUCGAACAGUUAUGAAAUUAAUAUUUGCUGUCUGUGUGUAUAAGUACAUCCUUUUGGGUUUUUUUUUAUUUCUUUUUUUAACCAAAGUUGCUGUCUAGUGCAUUCAAAGGUCACUUUUUGUUUUUUCACAGAUUUUCUUUUUAAUGUUCUUUUCCAUGUUGUAUUGCAUUUUUGGGGGGAAGCAAAUUGACUUUAAAGACAAAAGUUUUGGCAAAAGAUGCUAAGAUGGGAAAAUUUCACCACACUGAGGCAAAAAAGGGUGAAAAAUUAUCAAUUUGCUAUGCGUUUUAUUCUUCAAAGGAUGGAAAAUUUAAAAAAAAAAAAAGCAACUGCAUCCCAUCGCCCAAAGCUCUGUGCAAUAGAAACUUCUAGAGAUUCAGGUACCGGGGCUCAAGGAGGUGUCAGUGACUCGUCACAGCUGUGAGAGAUACCGGUUUCUCCACGGGAAGAUGGUUCCACUAGGCUAGGAGCAAAACCCACGUGUGUCCAAGUGCAGCUUGAGAACACGUCCCUGGCAGCCGUCGACAGGACUUGCUUCCUCCUCGCCGCGCGUCAUGCCUGCUGUCUGUCGCCUGGCCUUCCGUAUGACAGUUCUUCACAAUUCCUUUAGUCAUUUUUUAAAUAUUUUUUUUUACUGCCUCUGGGCUGUGAUGUAUAUAGAAGUUGUACAUUAAACAUACCCUCAUUUUUUUUCUUUUCUUCUUCUUCUUUUUUUUUUUUUUAGUACAAAGUUUUUAGUUUCUUUUUCAUGAUGUGGUAACUACGAAGUGAUGGUAGAUUUAAAUAAUUUUUUAUUUUUAUUUUAUAUAUUUUUUCAUUAGGGCCAUAUCUCCAAAAAAAAAAAAAAAGAAAAAAUACAAAAAACAAAAACAAACAAAAACCACAAAAAAAAGAGGGUAAUGUACAAGUUUCUGUAUGUAUAAAGUCAUGCUCUAUUUCGGGAGAGCAGCUGAUCGCAAUUCGCUUCAUGAAUCAAGGUGUGGGAUGGUCGCGUAUGGAUUGACUUAGAAAAUGGUUACCAGUACAGAAAAAAAAAAAAAAAAGAAAAAGAAAAAAUACAACUAAAAGGAAGAAACACAACUUCAAAGAUUUUUCAGUGACGAGAAUCCACAUUUGUAUUCCAAGAUAAUGUAGUUUAAAAAAAAAAAAAGAAAAAAACUUGAUGUAAAUUCCUCCUUUUCCUCUGGCUUAAUGAAUAUCAUUUAUUCAGUAUAAAAUCUUUAUAUGUUCCACAUGUUAAGAAUAAAUGUACAUUAAAUCUUGUUAAGCACUGUGA